UUCACUUCCACUUUUCAUCGAUCUCUCCUUCCCAAGCCCUAUAUAUAUAGACAUAAACAACUCUACCUUUGAUUCAUUUUUCUUUUCAACGGAUCACCAAAUCAACAGUAUACUCAUGGAUGAAGUCUCUCGUUCUCAUCCACCGCAUUUACUGUCAAGAGAUCUUCAUCACUAUCACCAUCAAAACGCUGUACUAAAACGCGACCGAGAAGAAGACCAGUUUGAACCCAACAACGACCACUCUAAUUCAUCCGGCAAAGACCAAACCACGACUCCCUCUGGACAAGAGAAUACCAAGAAGAGAAGGCCACGUGGCAGACCCGCUGGUUCCAAGAACAAACCCAAAGCACCGAUCGUAGUCACCCGAGACUCCGCAAACUCCCUUAGAUGCCACGUCAUGGAGAUAACCAACGCCUGUGAUGUGAUGGAAAGCUUAGCCGUCUUUGCUAGACGCCGUCAGCGUGGCGUCUGCGUCUUCACCGGAAACGGCGCCGUUACAAACGUCAACGUUAGACAACCCGGCGGAGGCGUCGUUAGUUUACACGGACGGCUCGAGAUUCUCUCUCUCUCGGGAUCGUUUCUACCUCCACCAGCUCCAUCAGCUGCGUCUGGUCUAACGGUUUACUUAGCCGGUGGUCAAGGUCAAGUGGUCGGGGGCAGUGUCGUGGGACCGCUUGUGGCUUCUGGUCCAAUUGUGAUUAUGGCAGCUUCAUUUGGGAACGCAGCUUACGAGAGGCUGCCAUUAGAGGAUGAGGAAGAAACUGAAAGAGAAAUAGAUGGAAACGCGGCUAGAGCGGUUGGAACGCAAACGCAGAAAGAGUUAAUGCAUGAUGCGGCGUCGUUUACACAUUCGGAUGUAGUCAACUCUGUUUCGUUGCCAGGUGAAGCUUACUGGGGACCGCAACGAUCGUGUUUCCCCUAAGAUUUAUUUGGAAACUUUCGUCUUCUUCUUUUCUUUACUUUUUAAUUUUCUAAAGAUUUUUACUAGGUUUGGAUUUUAAUGUUUGCUGAUCAAUGCCUGGAAGUUUAAUUAAUGUUUGUUACAGAUCAAGAAUGUGUGUUGAGACGCAGUGGUCUGGUCCCGGAUUGAUCUUGAUGGGCUUUUGCGUGUGUGCUGACUCGAUGUUUAAGUGACAUAGUUGCUUUCAUGUGUGUUUUUCUUUGUUGCUGAAUAUAAUUUU